GAUUGAGCGCAAGAGGAAAACUUCAUAUCUUCACUCGUUGAUGACGAGUCAGGCCAGUGCUAGCUGAGUGGGAACUACGAGCAGCUGCGCAGAUCUGUGCGGUUUGACCCCAGCACCAAAUCACUGACCUCAGGAUCAAACUUUGACCCUUGGCCUUGAAGUUGAAAGUAUUAUAAUAGUUGGAUUGGCCUUCAUCUGUUUUUGCCUUUUAUGGAUCGCAAGAGGCCCAAUGAAAGGCUGCAAGCAGCCUCAAGAUUAGCUUUGACAUUCAUUGUACUUAUUCAUGUGUGGAUUGCUUGCGCUGGAGCAUCACUGCUGGCCAGCAGUAAAUUAACGAUAUGCGAACGAAAUGUCCCAACCAACACGGAUGCGUGGCUGAAUUGCAACCAAAGACUGCUUUCGACGCUUAGUAUCCGAAACGGACAGGGAGCGACAGAACAGCUCAUUGCUACAGUCGAGAAAGUACAUGAUGACAUCUCGGGAAGAGAGGCGUCUCUGGCACGCCCGCUGCGCAUCACUGCAACGAAGUCCCGGUCACUGGUCACGUACAAUCUGGCCACAUACACCAAGGGUGGCCAAGAGGACCAGUAUCCGGACGGACCUAGCCUUGGCGAAGUGAACCAUUUACCCUACGAGGAAGUGAUCUACACCACCGGUCGGUUACCUUCCAUUGGUGAUGCCGAGGAGCCAAGGUAUGAUUGCAAGGAUGGCUACAAUGAUCCACAGGUAGCCUGCGACUUUAAAUUUCUCUGGAAUGGUACGAGAAUCUUUGACAGUCAGGGUAUAUGCUGCUUUUGUACCGAUGAUGAAAUCAACAAUCUUUCAAACCAUUUCCGACGCUCAAACUUGAAGUGCGAGGAUGGUGGCAUCGGAUUCGAACCCAUCAAUGCUCCUAGACCGAUAUUGGAUUCAGCCCAUUGCCUGCGCUUCUCACCUCUAAACUAUACCAUUCUGUCUAUAUCUGAGCCAUACGUGGAGUAUACAAUUAACAUUGCUGUUGAAGAAUUGCAGCAGACGCAAAUCACAGCCGGACAAGCCCCACAACAAACGUACAAGCGUCUCAGCGACAUCAAACUGAGUCCAUUUCAGCCAGUGGGUGCAUCCCCUGGCAGGAGAGUCGUGGCUGAGGUUGUCGGGGACUUGUUACCAGCUCGAUCAUUUUACGAACUUCAAAACAAGUUCUUGCUCUUCCCUCGGUUUGAUCAAUUAAAUCUUCAGAUUAUUCGGGACCAUCCUGAGUAUAUCGAUCAGUUCAACGCAGGUCAGGACGGCUGGAUAGUCAUAGACAAGAAGGAUGUGGAUGUCACUGGGAAGACGUGCAACAAAAUCGGCGUCGGCUUCAUUGGAUUUUCAACGCAAGAAAGCGCGUGCGUAUCACCUCAGGGUACUUGCCUGGAAGCCCAGCCAGCCCAUAUCUGGGCAGACAUGCAGAAGAACUUGGCCAAGGGCAUUGUGACUGAGAACUUCCUGUCCUACUACAACAUUGAUACGUUCUACUUUCCGCCUCACGGUGCAUGGCUACCACAAUCUGUCUCACACACUGACACACAAACACGCAACACUAUCGUUGCUCUUCAGAUUGAUGCACAGACUCUCAGCAUUAUCCGCAGCCGGAGUGCAGGCAAGAUCAUUGAUACGUUAACCACUAACGUCACAGCACUGGAGAAGGGAGGACGGCUCAGUGUAACUGUGCAAAACGUUGGCAGUGUUGCAGCGGACUUCUAUAUCUCUAUUGGUGGAUGCCUUGGUAAUCUUCAGCCAGUACCUGCCCAGGCAGUUACCUUGGAGGUACAGCAGACCAGCACUCUCGUAUUCGACCUGGAGACAUUUGACUCGGAAGGCGGUGUGGCUUCCUGUACAGUCACUCUCCAGGACCAAGCGUAUGAGGUUGUUGACAACCGCAGGGUAAACUUCACCAUAGAAGAAACCUGUUUUUGUUUCCAAGAGUGUGGCUGCACAUGUGAUGCAGGCGGUGUGAUGUGUCCACCGCCUCGAAUCACCCUCUCCAACAGUACCUCAACCGGCAGCCCGUUCACUCGCUUUUGGGACGGCGUUGGUGAUUUCUUCGGCGGCCUCUACACAACUGUCUUGGCCGGAUUAGCAUCUACCGUCAUGGGACUGGUCGGCCUUGGCGCACUCAAGGCAUUGCUAUCUCGGCUACCAUCUUUUCCGACUGUCGGGUCCAAGCUGCCCAAAAUUCCUAAAGGCGCGCCAACUUCAAACGGGACAGUUGUACAGCGAACAGCGCGCUGCACAGCGUGUGCCUCCGACACGACACAGGGCUUCUUUAAGAAUGUGAAAAGUAGACAGAAGGUGGACUUCUUGAUGGCCCUUCUCUUCUUUGUCGCUCUGCCAGUCAUGGGUCUCUUCUGGCUGCUCAAGCGCUUCGUGUCAGCACUGCGGGAAACUUUCGAGCAAGUGUACGCCGAACGUGACCUACUCAUGCGAAAGUCGGUGAUUGUCAUCCGGCUGCAGGAGGAAAAGGACAAGACGGCCGGCUACUUGGGAGACGCUCACUGUGAAGAGACUAAUGAUGUAACUCCAUCUCACCUGCUCUUCAAUAUCGCGGAGCUACCGAGAAACUUGGCUGAGCGAGAGAAGCAUGACCUGGCACUGUAUCUAUCAGCCACCAGGACACUAACUUCGCAGCAUCGCUCUCAACCAUAUGCAGUCGAGUUUGCCAGUCUGGAUGCGUUGCUCUUGCACACUGGACUGGUCUAUCUCAACUUUCCCAGCAUUGUCUCGCAACACAUUCUCUGCAGACUCAAGAAAGUGGAACAUUCUGUCAGCAUCUGCGGGACUGUAAAACUGUGUGACGACGGCAGCAAUGAUAUCGAAUUUGACUGUGGUCGACACUUCAUGCAGGUGGCCCGCGUGGACAGGAAUGGUGUUGCCGUGCUGAUGAAACCACUCCUCAUUCCGAACAGCAUCGCCCGCUCCCGUAUCAGCCGCUUGCAGGCCUUGUCAUUUGUGACUCGGCGACCAUUGUAUCCGUGCACAAACUACAUGCCCGGCAUAGAUGAGUCUGACCCACGAACUUGAACUUCGCCAACUUUGAUGGUUGUUUUGCCUCGUUCAAUAUAAGUUCAUUAUCCUGCGAAGAAAUCUCUAUUCUCUCACUAUUUCUUUCUCUUUCCCAGUUCCAUUUCACUGCGUGUCAAGCAUAGAUUAGAGAGUCUUCGCUAUGGCAAGCAACUACAGUACCAGGCCUUUGGUGGUUACUCUAAUGAAGAUUGGCAGUAUCAGGACUCCUAUCAGCAAGUUAUUCCACAGCAGAAAUACCAUACUGGCUUAUUAAUUUACCGUUCUUGACACAUACUGGUAGUACAUGUAAUAUAACUAUACUGUCUCUGACCACUGACUUUACAUGUCCGCUGUUCUCUUUCCCACGGCAUCUCAUCAGACUAUCAAACAACCAUUGCUCAAUUGAAAUGACCAUCAUAAGUUUAUAACACUGUCUGGUUAUUUCCUUGCAGAAAAGCUCAUGAAUUUCAUUGCUGUCUGAUGAUCGACCAUGAACUGACGUCUGAAACGUC